UAGGCGAUAGGCGCUUCUAAAAAUCCGUAAUCCAACAAAAUAUCAACGCGACGCGCCGUGAAAGAAAUUCGAAUAAAUAUUAUAAUUUUAAUGAACUGAAAACUGAUUCCCGAAGAACGCGUCGGGCGCGUGAUACUACCACAAGAAGAGUGAGUGAGAGAGUGCGAAUGAAAAUAUCAAAUUUUCAAUGUGCCACAUACGGGUGCGUGAGUGAGACGGGAAAUAUGGCGAGUGUGUUUUUAUAAUCCAAAAUAAAUCUAAAACUACACUUUCUUCACAACAUGGAAAUUCAAUGAAACCUCAAAAAAUUCUCUUUUAAUUUGUUAAAAAUUGUCUUUGUCUUGGAUAAAAAGUUAUUUGUAAAUAUAUUUAAAAUUCUUCGUAUUCGUAUCAAAUUUUAAUCAACCACCAAAAAAAAAAAGAAAACAAGAAAGUUACCAACAAAAAUUCCAAAGAAAGGAAAUGAAUAGUUGUCGAAAAUACCAAAAUUUGCAAUUAUUUGGUCAAAAGGAAAUCGUCGCGACAACAAGAAGAAAAUUUUGUACAAAACGAAUUUGUAAGGAAGAAAAAAGAAAAGGACCGCCCGCUCGAAGAACCACUCCAAUGCGAUCCCAUUGAGUGUGAACAGAGCAAAAGCAGGACGACAGAGAGAGAGAGAGACAGUGAUAGAGAGAGAGAGAGAGAGACAGAAGAAGAGGAGUGAAACGAACACCCAAACCAUUAGUCAGAGCGGGAUAGCAUGCGCCAAUGAGAGCGUCCCACCAGCUAAGAGCGUCCGAUUUCGUUGACUACGCUGCCGUCGUGGGAGUGGGAGUGAGAGGAGGAGUGGGACUGGGUCUAGGACUGGAAUUGGGCGAAGGAUCGUAUUACAGCAGCGAUCUAACGGCAUUUGUCGUGGAGCAGGAGCAGAGACAGCAGCAAAGGGAAGCAGAGGCAGCGGCAGAAGCAGCAGCAGCGGCAGCAGCAGCGGAAGCGGCAGCGGAAGCGGCAGCAACAAUCAAGCGAAAACGUCAAACAGAUUGCGAUUGCGGCUGCGUGGAUUCGUACAACAUCAGCCACGGCCCGACAGCAGUGCAACAACAGCAGCAGCAGCAGCAUCAGGAAGGAGGCAGCCAUCAGCAGCAGCAACAACAGCAGGUGCCACACCACAGCAACAGCCUCAAGACGGCGCACACAAAGGUUGCCACAUCGGGGGGCCAUGCCAAUACGCAGCCCCCCAGCAAAAGGUCGAGCAGUGGUGCCGAUGGCGACUAUCAAUUGGUGCAGCACGAGGUCUUGUAUUCGCUUUCAGCGGAAUAUGAGGUCCUUGAGUUCCUGGGACGUGGCACCUUUGGUCAGGUGGUCAAAUGCUGGAAGCGUGGCACCUCUGAAAUCGUUGCCAUUAAGAUACUGAAGAAUCAUCCGUCGUAUGCACGUCAGGGACAGAUUGAGGUGUCCAUUCUGUCGCGCUUGAGUCAGGAGAAUGCCGACGAAUUCAAUUUUGUGCGUGCCUUCGAGUGCUUUCAGCACAAGAAUCACACAUGUCUGGUGUUCGAGAUGCUCGAGCAGAAUCUGUACGAUUUCCUCAAGCAGAACAAGUUCUCGCCGCUGCCUUUGAAGUAUAUAAGACCCAUUUUGGAGCAGGUACUGACGGCCCUGUUGAAACUCAAGCAAUUGGGUUUGAUUCAUGCCGAUCUGAAGCCCGAGAACAUAAUGCUCGUGGAUCCAGUGCGUCAGCCAUAUCGCGUCAAGGUGAUAGACUUUGGCAGUGCCUCGCAUGUGAGCAAAACGGUGUGCAACACGUAUCUGCAGUCGCGCUACUAUCGUGCACCAGAGAUUAUACUGGGACUGCCCUUCUGUGAGGCCAUUGACAUGUGGUCGCUGGGCUGUGUGGUGGCGGAGCUCUUUCUGGGCUGGCCCCUGUAUCCCGGCAGUUCAGAGUUCGAUCAGAUCAGGUACAUCAGCCAGACGCAGGGUCUGCCCACAGAGCAUAUGCUGAAUAGCGCCUCGAAGACCUCAAAGUUCUUCUAUCGCGAUGUGGACUCGACGUAUCCGUUCUGGCGGCUCAAGACCACCGAAGAGCAUGAGGCAGAGACCAAUACGAAGAGCAAGGAGGCAAGGAAGUACAUCUUCAAUUGUCUGGAUGAUAUUGGGCAGGUGAAUGUGCCCACGGAUCUGGAAGGGGGACAGCUGUUGGCCGAGAAAACCGAUCGCAGGGAGUUUAUAGAUCUCCUGAAGCGUAUGCUAACCAUCGACCAGGAGCGACGUCUGACCCCCGCUGAGGCAUUGAAUCAUUCAUUUACACGGCUCACGCAUCUGGUGGAUUAUGUUUACUGCAACAAUGUGAAGGCCUCUGUCCAGAUGAUGGAAGUGUGUCGUCGCGGGGAUUUCCAUACCGUACAACCUGCUUCUACUUUGGUCACCAAUUUCGUGCCCAGCAGCACUGAGAACAUGACAUUUACGAUCAACAAUCAGCUGACCAGUCAGGUGCAACGUCUUGUGCGUGAUGGCCGCCCGCUGGCCUACGAGGGUCUCUAUCAGAUCUACAAUGGCAGAAGUGUCGCGCGGCAGUAUCCGCAGGCGCGCACCGACAGCUUCCAGCAUCAGCUGGUGUCGAAUAUUCUCUGCCCGCCGUCGUACCAGGCGAUGGCCAGCCCCACGAAGCAUGUCGUGGUGGGCAGUGCCACCAUGCAGCCGCCGUUGCAAGUGCCACCGCAGCAGUAUGUGAAUGUGCCAGUGCCCGUGUCGAUGGUGGAGCCCACCUCGGGCCAGAGGAUGCUGCUCACGAAUCGAGUGCAGGCGAGCGGCGUGGCAUGGCCGCAGACGGGCAGGCAGAUGGCAUUGGUGCCCUCGUGGCCGCAGCAGGCGCCAGCGCAUUCGCUGAUUGUGGACUCAACGCCGCUUUUCAAUGUGGAGGAGAUCUAUCCCAAGCAUCAUCUCAAUUUGCCACGCAACGAUCUCAAAAAGGAAUCGCCGGCUCAUCAUUUAGCCAAGGGCAACUCUUAUCGCGUGCCGCGUCACGAGAAGAAGGAACACCAGCAGCUGUCGCCCGUAAAGAAGCGCGUGAAGGAGAGCUCACCGCCGCAUCAGCAGCGCUAUCAGCGAACGGCUCACGUGUCGCCGCAGUACCACACGCAUCACAAUUGCAAUUAUGGCGGCAACUACGGCAGUGGCGGCAGUGGCACGGGUGGAUCAGUGGUGGCCUCAUCCGGAGGAGGAGGAGUUUCUGCGAGCAAUAUUCCCAGCAGUUCGGGCGGAUCGCAUCAUCAUCAUGGCGCACCAGUGGCGCAUGUGCAGCAGCCGUAUAGCGCCUCAUCGGGCGGCCAUCAUAUUGUGAGCAAUUGUCAGGCGAAUGGAGGCUACCAGCAGCCGCUCACACAUGCCCCACAUCCGCAACAGCAGCAGCAGCACCAGCCGCAGCAGCAGCAGCAGCAACAGCAGCAUCCGCAACAGCAGCAGCAGUCGCAUGUGAAGCAACAGCCGACGAUCACCAUCCAUGAUACGCCCUCACCGACGGCAGUGAUUACCAUUUCGGAUAGCGAGGAUGAGGGUGGGGAUAAUGGUGCAACGACAGCAGCGCCAGUGAAGCAGCGUGCGCAUGCGCAGUCGCAGACGAGCAGCAGUCUGAUGCAGCAGCAGCAGCAGCAGCAGUCGUCUGUGCCACUGCAUUGCCAGAGGAGCACCAACCAGAGCAACGUGCAACAGCAGCAGCAGCAACAGCAGCAGCAAUCGAUCAAUUAUGGUGAACACGAUCCGGAGGAUGCCCGUCGACGCCAUCAUGCAGCAGCAGCGGCGGCCAUUGCCGCAGGAAGCCCCAAGCAUCAUCAUCACCAACAGCAGCAGCAGCAGCAGCACCAUCAACAUCAGCAGCAGCCACCACAGCAACAGCAGCAGCAGCAGGUGCAACAACAGCCGCCGCCCAACAUCAAGUACGAGCCAGGACAAUCGCAAAAGAAACGCAUCCUAGCGAUGGCCCAGAGCGAAUGCAACUACCAGCCGCAGCCGCAACAACAGCAGCAGCAGGUGCAAGUGCAGCAGCCGCAGCCAUCCGCCAGUCUGCCGCACAUUCCGCCAAAGCAGGAACCGGCAGAGUUCUAUCCGGAAUAUGCCCCCCAGCAGCAACAGUUGGACACGAAACGCUCUUCGUGGGCGCCCACAUCCUCCUCGGCUGCACCGCCACUGGCGCAUCCAAAGCGAGAGGCACCCUCGGCUGCGCCCAUUAGCUAUGUGGCACCCGCUGUGGCGCCACCCCUGGCCCACUCGAAGAGCAGCUCGUCGUCGUCAUCGUCGUCGAUUAGUGCUGCGGCUGCAGCGGCCUCCUGGGGUGCACCUCAGGUCUACCGCCAGCCAUCGCAGCCGCCGCCAGGAAGUGUGCUAUCCCAGCCGCCAGCUGCACCGCAUCACCAUCACAGCAGCCACAGCCAUCAUCAUCAUCAGGCUGGGACACCGUUGGGCGGCUCGCCCUCGUCCACGGCAGCGGCGACCAUGCUGCAAACGGAUAUCUAUGCGCAGGGCGACAUUUAUCGCCGUCCCACGGUGUUUGUGUCGCAGGCGGCGCCCAGUUAUGCGUACGCCAACAGAGCAGUGGUGGCGCCACCACCCGCACACAACAGCAGCAGUCGUCAGGUGAUACCAUCGCAUCCGUUGCCAGCUCACAUCCAGAUACCCACGCAGUAUAGCCAAUUUGGACCACUCAGUCCUGCCCAGGUAGCCGCCGCCGGCAAGCAUGCGGCGCACUUUGCGCCCACCAACAUAUGGUAUGGGGCUGAGUAGGGAGCCACGAAAGUGGGUGACACGAACGAACAGAGGGUUAGGCGAGACGAGACGCGACGAGAGAGAGAGGGAGAUGUGAUGAGAUGAGAUGUGACACCACCAGCAAACCGCAAACCGCAAACACCGUCAUCAUGAUCUGAGAUCUUGAGAGCUCAAGAAACUCAUUUAAAUGAUUCAGCGCUCGAAUCGUUUGUGGCCUCGGUUGAGGAAGGAGUGGAUAACCAAAGCCCAGAGCUACAGCAGCAGCAGCAGCAACAGCAGCUACAGUUGACACAAUGCUGGUGGUUUAUGCUACUGAUGCAACAGACGAUAAUACAACACAACAGCAACAUGCUGCUAGCGGAUAGCGAGGAGUCCAUCACAUCAGGAGAGACAUCAGCAGCAGCUUCGGUCACAUCUUCAGUGGCAGCAGCCACAACAUCAGAAGCAGCAGCAGCACUAACAACAACAGCAGCAGCCUCUGUUUCUGCUGCAACAACAUCUUCAGCGGCAUUUAACAUGUUUUGCAGAAGUGCUCGCCGCAAGCAUUGAGACAGACAGAGACCCACAGAGAUCAUCGCCACGUCGCCAGUUCUUUCGUUGUCUGUGGAUUUAAAAGUUAUUUGUUUCGAUUGGAGGAUUUGGGAGAUUUGGGGGAGAGCAACUCCACAUCAUUGGAUUAACCUUUACGAUUAUUCAGUUUUAUUAUGUUUUAUAAUAUUAUAAUUGUAAAUGUAAAGAGAAGCAUUCUUACACGCUCGCAAGUGUAAGACAUGCAUAGAGCCCAUAGAGCUUCACUUCUCUCUCUCUCCAUAUAUAUAUAUAUAUAUAUAUAUAUAUAUACAUAUGUAUUCUCUAUAUAUCUAUAUAUAUAUAUUAGAUGUGUGUGUAGUUUUAUCUGUAUAUUCAGAUUGUUUUUUUUCCCCUCUUCUACAAAAAACGAAAGCGUUUCAUUCUCUAUGUGUGUUGUGUAUAUUUUAUUGAUACAUACAAAUAUUCUCUACAUAUAUUAUAAAUUAUAUACAUACAUAUGCGCAUAUGUAAUACUAUAAUUAUGAAUACUACAAUAUCAAACAAUAACAACAACAACAAUAACAAUUUAAUGGCACGCCAGCGACACUAACAAACAAAAUGCUUAGAAAUUCCUUAGACUCUUAGAAAGUACCUCAAAAUACGAAAUACGAAUACGAGCAAAAAUAAUAAGCAAAAAACAAAAUGCAACAGCAACAACAGCAACAGCCAACAACCAGUAACAAACAAUACAAUGUUAAUGCAAUUUGCCUUUUACACAAACAAGCAACAAGAACGAAAAAAGAGAAAACAAACAAAAAUAGGAAGAAACCAAUUCUAUAGAAAUCGUAAACAAAUUGUAGAGUAACAAAUGAAAAUACCGCAAAAACCUUACUAGCAAACAACAAAGCAAAGCAAGAAUAACUAAAUAGACCCUAGGAAUCGAAGAAAAACCUAAAAAUAAAUAAAUAUAUAUAUAUAGGAAAUAGCUGAUAGAAAUAAAAAGGAUAUCUAGCAGUAGGACUUAGUAGGAGUAGGAUGGCAAUGAAUGCGACAGUUUUUUUAUACACACUCGUAAACACACUCAUAGAAAUAACCGCAAUAAAUAUGCAAAAAUAUACAAAAUACGAUUAACAAAUAAAGAUUCUAAAUUAAGUUAAAACCCACAAAUAAUUAUAGGAACAAUUGUACAUAUAUAUCGAUAUAUAAAUACGAAAAGAGUAUCUUGUAACUAGAGCGUGAGAGAGCACUUUGAUGGAUGGAAGAGUUUUUUUUGUACGUUUUAAGCCCUGAGCACAUCAGACGCAUCAGAGCGCUUUUAGCCAGUCUUUGGAUUGAAUGUCAAUAACCCUUAUUAGUUUUUAAAGCUCAAGAAUAUAAUUAAUGAUUUUUGAAUGCCCCUUGCUGAAAAAAAAGAAAAGGUUUUUGGAAAACAGAAAAGAAAACAUCUGUUAUCCCCUUUAAAGUACUAUGUAUUCUUGAUUAGAAUUAUUUCUAUACGUGCAGCAGUGCCCCUCGGUUUGUUUGGCUUUGCUGCCUACCGGAUUAUUUUAAAAUUAUCGAUCUGCAAGGGUAUCAAAUGCUUCGGCAUCCGAAGAAGACUUUCUUCUUUUAACUAUGUUUUCUUAGCACUCACCCUUCACCCCCAUACGGCACAAGCAAAGACCUUUGAAAUUAUGUAGUCGAUAAACUUAUGGGAAAAGUUUUACUAAAGUACAAAAACAAAACAAAAAAAACAAAAAUAACAAGCAAUCUAGCAAUAAUCGAUUAACAUUUUUAGGCUUUAUAAUUUGUUCUUUUAAAAAUUAUGUUCUUUCGAAAAGUUAAAACCUGGAACCUAAAUUCAAGUUAGGCUUUAGUACCGCUAUAAAGGCAGGGGAUCAACGGCAUGAUUGGGUCAACUUUGUGUAAAUAAUGCACGCAAUUUUGAUAUGUACAAAACCUGGCUUACUUUACACACUUACACCCACUAAAUCUUAUAUACCAUAUAGAUACAUAUAUAAACUAUUGUAAACUUAAAAAUCUUGUUAAAUAGGUUUCCUAAAGUAUUUUGUAGUUAGACCUAAACUUAAACGUGUCGUUGCGCAUGCAAAAUCUUUUUUUCCUAUCCCUUAGAGAGGGCGGCACUUCCUAAAUAAACAUACAGAAGAUACAGUUACAAAAGAUACAGUUAACCGCAACCCCUAAGCCCCUUUUAAAAACCAACCACCCUUCUACCCUUCUAGUACAGCACCAUUUUCGGGAUUAGAAGGUUAGGGAGAGUUAAAACUCCAAUUGAAAGGAUCUAGCAUAUAAUUAUUGUGAUGUAGUUUUUAACAAAAAGCAAAGAAAUUGAUAAAGAUACCGAUAAAGAUAAUGAUAUAGUAGAAGAGAUGAAGAAGGAAAGGAGCGUUUUGCCAGUCGUCGUCAUCGUCUAGAAAUUAAACUACAAAUUAUGAAUACAACAAACGUAAUGGAUAUAUGGAUAAACGGAUAUAUAUAGCUAUAUGCAUCAAUAUAUGUUAUCUAAUUAGUGUGCAGGAUUCAAUAGCGUUAACAGAACAACAAAAUAAACAAAAAAUAAACCAAUCGUUUUUUAAACAAACUUUUUAAAACAAGAGAAAAAAAACAGAACUUUUUGUAGUUUAUAAUUAAACGAAAGAAGGAACAUUUACGAGUAAUUAGCAUUGUGUAGGGGCGGUAAUUAAGAAAACGUUAGUGUUGUGAAUAUAUACGAGUACAUACAAUAUAUAAGUACUAUAUAGAUCUAGAUGUGGUAUAUACAAUGCAUAUAUAUUUUGUGUAUAAAAA